ACAUGGCGGAACGCGGCGGCGGAGGCGGCGAAGACGAUGAUGUUGUUGUUGGUGGUGGCGGUGACGACGACGACGACGGCGUUAAAGUUAUCGACGUGGACCUGAUCUCGCCAAACUUCGACCCUCAAGCCGCGCUCUACUCCCGCGACGUGACGCUGCCCUACCCCAACGUGCGUUGCUUCCACAACAUCGCCGAGUUCGCCUCCUUCACGAUGGGCCGUGGCCGCGGUCGGGGGCGCGGGGACACGCCGGGGCAGUCGGGGGGGCAGUCGGCCGUGGCGGUGGUGGCCACGGGCAAGGGCAAGGGCAGGGCCGGGCGGCGAAGUCGUCCCGCCCCGGACCCCGAGCGUGUGGAGAGGCUGAAGAAGCUGAUGGUGAACGAUGGGAGGAGGAAAAAGAAGAAGGAUGACGAAGACGAUGAUGAUGAGGAGGAGGAGGAUGCGGAGAAGGGUCCCGGACGGGGCAAGAAACUCAGAAAUGUGCUCACCUGGAUGUCGAAGCUGGAGCACGGUCCCCUCGGCGGCCUCUACCGCUGCGUGAAGAACCGACUGCCCAUCUCCGUGCACGUCCGCACCUUCCGGGGCCUCCGCGGCGUUUGCAAGGGCUACCUGCUGGCCUUUGACAAGUUCUGGAACAUGGCACUAGCCGACGUGGACGAGGUUUACCGAAAGCCAUUGCUGGGCCAAGCUUUCUACAGUGAGCCGAGACUCACCGUGAACGAGCUGUUCAAGAAUUUGAGUCUUCAGAGCAAGGCAAGAGGAGCGGUGGCGGCUGCUGGGCAAGACUGUGACUCCGGCAGCCUGAAAACCGAACAAACGCAACGACAGCAGGACGAUCGUGACCCCGGCUGCACAGCGAGCGACGCGCGCGGGGGUUAUGCCACCGAUUCCGCCACGGAACGCCCUGGCAGCAGAUCCACUUCAAAGCCGGGCGCGCUAACGGGUUGUAGGUCCGAUGCUGCGGACCGCGAAUGCAAACGCUCUCGCUCGCUCGAUAGCGCCAGGCGUUGCCGCGGAGCCAAAGAAGAAUCCGGGGCAGCGGCGCUGUCAGCCGAGAGUGAUGAGAGAAAGAAACGGCAAAAGAGGCCCGGUCGCCGGGAGGAAAUGGACCGCGUUUACCGGCGCCACAUCAAUCAACUCUUCAUCCGAGGCGACAGCGUCAUCCUGGUAGUGGUGCACGGCACGUGAUAACACAGCCGUGUGUUUUGGCGUCGACCUAAAAGAGUAAAUUGUUUAAUUAUUUUUAUAUAUAAUUUUUCUAUCUACGUGACUUUACCGAAAGACCCAAAGAGUACGAGUAGAGUCAUUUUAGUUUUUGGCAAGUAAUGAAUUCGUACAUUUGUAAAUAUUUACGUUUGUUUUGGUGACUGUUGAUACACGUGUGAUUGUUGCGUGUGUGUACGCGAACGGCUCAUUGUCGAUACACUCCGAGAUGGGCACCUCUCCAUGCUGUGCGGGCCGUGGGGGUAUUUGACCCUACUUCACGCUGAUCAGUGCGGGUUGGUGAACGUGGAGAGCGUAGACGUGGGAGCAGAAGUACGCUUCAACAAUAGAUGUGCAUUUUCGUUACAGUGGCAUCUUUUGUUAUUUUUUUGGAAUGUUUACAAUUGAAAAUAGUGUUUUGUAUUACACAUUUGCGGUUUACAUUUGUGGACUCUGAAUGUGUACAGUUAUUUGUGUUUACGUGCACUGUACAGUUGACUACUGUGUAGUUUUGUGUUCAUCCACUGGGUUUGUUUUAACCAGUAGCCGCUAGGUGGCACUACCUGCAUACUUACAUGCCAGUUAAAUCUUAGGCGUGUAAUAAACAUUGCAUUUUCAUGAACAAACUG